AUGUCUUAUGGCAACCAGUACGAGAGCAACCCCUACCAGCAAGGCCCGUCGGCCGAGCAGGGCGGCUAUGGCUACGACCAGGUAAGCACCACCGCCAUCGCCAUCAACGGCAACAACGCGGGCCAGGGCCACGAGAUGCAGGACUACUCCCAGCAACCCGCCGCCUCGCAAACGCUGCCGCAAUCAGAAUUCCUAAACCGUAUUCAAUUCCUACGCAACGAGAUAGGCACACUAAGGAACAAUGUCCAAGCCAUCUCCUCGCUGCAUCAGCGCUCGCUCGCCGAAGCCGACAACGGCCUGUCCGCUCAACAGCUCGAACGCAUCUCUGCCGAGACGCAGCACCUGAACGGCGGCAUCCGAGACCAGCUCAAGUUCUUGGCCAACGACGCGAACAAGACUACUGGCGGCAGCCGCAGCGUGAAGGAUACACAGGUCAAGGCCAUCAAGAGCGAAUUCGAACGUGAGCUGCGCAACUACCAAGAGGAGGAGGGUUCAUUCCGCUCGCGAUACCGCGACCAGAUUGCCCGCCAAUACCGCAUCGUAAAUCCCGAUGCCAAUGAAGAGGAGGUUCGCGAGGCAACCGAGGCAGACUGGGGAAAUGAGGGUGUUUUCCAGACAGCGCUCCGCACAAACCGUACUGGCCAGGCGACUUCAGUACUGGGUGCCGUCCGCGCGCGCCACAACGAGCUGCAGGCCAUCGAGAAGACUAUGAUGGAACUGGCGUCUCUGUUCCAAGACCUGGCUGUAUUAGUCGAGCAGCAGGAACCUGCCGUAGCGCAGGCUGAGGAGAAUGCCGAGAACACCACAAAGUACAUCGAUCAGGGCAAUGUUCAUGUAUCUAAGGGCAUAAUCAGCGCUCGCAACGCUCGCAAGUGGAAGUGGUGGUGUCUGCUGGUCACCAUCCUCAUUAUCGCCAUUGCUGUUGGUGUCGGUGUCGGCGUGACGGAGGCUGGCAAGAACGCAACUGGAGGAGGGAAAUAA